GAUGCGGUGAAACGGCAGAGAAGAAGGAAAACACCGCACGUCCACGGAUUAAUUUAAAUGACAAGACGACAUCCAUUAUUUCAGCGGAGGAGACGCCAGCAGCAUCCAGGAUGGACUCACCGAGACGGAUUCACACGUCGGAAACGGCGUUUUAACGGCGUUUCACCCUGGAUGUCCGUGAAUGACCGUUGUUUCCACUGAGUGGCCGUGUUUGUAUCUUCUUGCUAGCUGAAAGCAGCGUAGCGUUAGCUGGCUCGCGCUCAGCUUCUCUCUCCGGUAACAUAUGAAGCUGUCGUUAUUCUUGAUUAAUAUUACUUGUUAAUACAGGAGGGGGCCGUGCUGUGUGUGUGUGUGUGUUUAUACAUUUAAAGCGUCCAGAAGCUGUUUGCGUCACUUUGCAGGUCAAGGCUACAUUGGAAACGCUGUCAAAAACAAGUAGAAAAGUUCUCGCCUUCUUAAAAUACCCAGGGUUCAUUUGGGACGCAACAUUGUAUCUGAGGCGGCUCGUCAAAAAUCUCCACAAGAGGACAAAAUGGAUGUGAUCUGGACUUCAGUCACUACACACACAACACAGCAGAUACUUUGUAAAUAACACUUCCCGGUCAGCCGGUUGGCUCCACUGCUUUUCCUCCUUCUGCUGACAGGACACUUUACAGACAGUAUCCUGUGUUUGCAUUUGACUGAAGUGGAGGAAGUCUUCCUGCUUUUAUUUUUUUGUUCCAGCACAACUUUUUUUUUUCACUUUAACGAAGACUAGGCUGCUCAGCUCAACAGUGAAGGAUGAAUGGCCUCUCUCUCAGCGAGCUCUGCUGCCUUUUCUGCUGCCCGCCAUGCCCCAGCCGCAUCGCGGCCAAGCUUGCCUUCCUGCCCCCAGAGCCCACCUACACCUUCCUUCCAGACCCAGAGGCGGGCCCUCCUGCACCAGGGGGGACAGGGACCUCCAGCCUGCGGGCGCGGAGCGGUGCAUCAGUUGCUGGAAGCGGAGGGGCUGGAUCAGUGGAGGGGAGAUGGAAGCUCCACCUGACGGAGCGAGCAGAGUUCCAGUACCAGCAGAGAGAGCUGGACACGACGGAUGUGUUCCUGACGCGGUCCAACCGAGGAAACCGAGUCGGCUGCAUGUACAUUCGCUGUGUUCCUAGUGCCAGAUUUACAGUGCUCUUCUCCCACGGUAACGCAGUCGACCUUGGACAGAUGAGCAGCUUCUACAUCGGCCUCGGCACUCGCAUCAACUGCAACAUCUUUUCCUACGACUACUCCGGCUACGGUGUCAGCACUGGCAAGCCCUCUGAGAAGAACCUCUAUGCAGACAUUGAUGCUGCCUGGCACGCCCUGCGCACGCGGUAUGGCAUUAGCCCAGAGAACAUUAUCCUGUACGGACAGAGCAUCGGGACAGUUCCUACUGUAGACCUGGCGUCACGCUACGAGUGUGCCGCGGUGGUUCUUCACUCGCCUCUAACAUCUGGCAUGAGAGUGGCUUUUCCUGACACUAAGAAAACAUAUUGCUUCGACGCCUUUCCCAACAUUGAGAAAGUGUCCAAAAUCACGUCCCCGGUGCUCAUCAUCCACGGGACAGAGGACGAGGUCAUCGACUUCUCCCACGGCCUGGCUCUUUUCGAGCGCUGCCCCAAGGCGGUGGAGCCUCUCUGGGUGGAGGGAGCGGGACACAACGACAUUGAAUUGUACAGUCAGUAUCUGGAGCGCCUGCGCCGCUUCAUAGGACAGGAGCUGGCAGCGCAGCACGCCUGACCGCCGCCACCAGGAUCACCAUCACCGUCGUUUUGGACAUUUUUUUUCUGUUUCCCAAGAUGGAGGUGUGUCCAAAACGUCCCUCAGCUCUCCACGGCUGCAGGGUCGUAAUGCUUCACACACUGUGGUGCUUCGUUUCAGAGCACAGUACACCUUUAAUGGACCAUGGUUUGAUGCGACAUGGAAGAAAGAGGUGUGUUCAUGAACAUCAGAAGUGCGUAAGUGUGAAAGACUUUGUCACAAACUGCAUUUUAGACUUUUUUUUUUAAACAAUUACUUCAACAGUUCAGCUGCCAUGUAUUACAUGACAGCGAUUAUAUUCCUAUAUACUGUGCAAUAAUAUGGACAGUCCACAGGAAAAAAAGACUUUAAAUGAUUUACCGGAACAACAAACUGAUAAGUAAUCAUGUAGAUCAAUUCCAUUGAGGUCCACAUGGAAAGUUUCCAUCAAUUCUCCAGCCUACGUAUAGAGUUUGUGUGUAACUUUACUUUUUUGCUGUUAACCGAAGUUAAAUGGAUAAUGGAGGGUUUGUGGGAAACACUAAAUAACACACUCAGAGGUGCUUGUGAAAUGUGUUGGGGAAUAUUUUGGUUUAUAUUGGAAGAGCAGGCAGUUUUUAAGUUUCCUACAGUUUAUUUUAGUAGCCAUGUUUAAUCUAAUGCAAUCCAGUGCAAUAAAGCCUGUUUAGAGGUGUUGUCUUUUUGUAGUUAUUGGUUGUGUUGCGUUGGAUUGCAUUAGAUUGAACAGUCGCCUCAUGUAUGUGCUUGAUGCAUACAUGCAUAGAGAUGCAUUUGAACUUUGAGUCUUUAAUUGCUCAGGUAACCCUCUUUUAGACAUUAGGGUCAGAGUGUUCUACAUUCGUUUGUGUCGUUUUUUGUUUAAUAGGCAGUCGGCUUAAUCUCCUCGGAUCCUUUUCGCAAAGAUUUCUGAAUCAUCCAGUGUCUAAUUAUAACCAAGUAAUGAACAAACUCCCAAAACUACAGAGGUACAGACCAAACUGAGUGAGUUUGGCGAGCCGUUUUUCUUCCUUGUCCCACUUGGAUUUCUCCAGUCUUCUCCUCACCACAUCCCAGUGAUGGAGUGGGAUUAAAGAAGUUCAAGAGCCUCAGAAAGAAAAACACCUCCAGCUCCUUCAUUUAGUGAAUGUCUGAGAGUCUGUUAGUCCUGUCCGCUUUGUUUUAGUCUUGUUCGUCUUGUUUAUGUCUCACACCAGUAGGUCACAGCUGUCAGCCAAGUUCCUGUUUCCUUCACAGUCUGGAACAGAGAAGCUACACUAAAAUUAAACAGGCCUCGGUUUUCUACCUCCAGCCUGUUUUUAUCUCUUCAGUGCUGCCUGAUGGCCAUCUUAACUCAUUUGCACUCCAUCUCGAGUGGCACUUUAGUCAAUUAGACUUUGGAAUCAUGUAUUUUGUGAAAAAAAUGAAGAAAAGUAGUCGAUUUUCUCAUUUUAAUAUAAGCUUCACAUUCUGAUAAAUGAAAACCAUGUCCACUCCUAUACAGAAAAGCACAGGAACACCAUAAAAAGCAGCACUAUGGUUCUUCGUUUGUUUCACAGGUUUAACAGAUUUACUCCUGACAGUUUUUGGCACAUUCAUUGUCAAAAAUGAUGACAGUGCUAUUUCACUAUGAGCAAACAGGCUGUGCAUAUGUGAGGAAUAUCACUCUUAACUAAUGUUCCUCUCUGGUUUACAGUCUUUACAAAAACUGCCUAUAACAUCUACCUGUAUGUCUAUGCAUACACAGUAUAGUAAGUAUCUGUACUUGUUUUAAGUGGAACUUCUCAGUAACUCUACAGAGUGCAGCAGGAAUGAGUGAGCGUUUUUGCACUUCAGGUUCCCCUUGGAGUCAACGGGUUUUUGCUAAGCCGCCUGAAACGAGCUCUGUGGUUAAAACAAGCUUAAGAGAUUUUCACGGUUUGUUCUGCAACCUUGAAUCCCAAAGAAGUUGGUGUGCUGUGUAAAACAUAAAUAAAACUAGAAUGCAUCAAAUUCAGGAUGUAUAUUUACAAAAACAAAAACACAUAGAAUUUAUUCUCUUGGUGCAGUUUUCAGUUGAAUGUAUGUCACAAAGGAUGAGCAAAUUAUCGCCUUCAGUUUUAUUACCGUUUCAGAUAUCCAGACUCGGUAACACUUUACAAUAACCAACUAAAUAAUGUUUAUAGAUGGUUUAUAAACCAAUUAUUAACAUUAACAAAGUGCUUUACAUAUUUAAUCUUAAAAAAAACAAUUUCUUAAAGUUAUAUGAAUCAUUUAAAAAAGCAUUAAUGUACUUAAUAUGGUGUUAAAAAUGUUAAAAUGAGUGCAACUAAAACUAUUAAUAAACUAUUAAUUAUAAUUUAAUUGUUUGUUAAUGGUAAAGUAACUAUAAACUUGCAUUAAUAUACCAUCUAUUUGCAAUUUAUAAAUGAUGUAGUUAGUUAAACAUUAAUAAAUUAUGUAUUUACAAUUCUAAAUGGCCUAUAUACGGUUUAUAAAUGAUGAUUAAACAUUAACAAACUAUCUGUUUACCAUUUAUAAAUGAUGGUUAUUGUAAAGUGUUACCCCAGACUCUUUCAGAACAUAUAAUAUGUCAGUUAAUACCCCACUUUUGAUUUUGAAGCCUUUUCAGGUCUUAAAACAACAAAUGGCUAAGUGACAUGAUUAGCGAACAUUAGCUUUUUACGUCCAAGGCUUCAAAAAUCACAAAAGUGUUAUUCAUUUCUGAAGAUUGUUUUGCAGAACAAAACUUGUAUUCAAAACUUGUGUUCACCACAUAAGCUUAAUUUCUGCAAUAAUCCAAAAUCCAAUGGAAAAAUCCCUUUGGAUUUUUGUCGAAGGAGCCAGAGCGAUGUUAAAUACAUACACAAAAAUACACAAUUCCUGCAGCACUCUGCUGGUUUCACACAGAACUGAAUAUAGGACUAGCCUUUUUAGCUGCUGCUGUGACUUUUAUAACAAUUGAAAACUCUCUCAGACACGUACUGCCCUUGGGAUUGUUCAUUUUGCGCUGAUUAUGUAGGGAAAUAUCACUAACGAGAAAAUUGUCCCGUCUUGCUGCAAAGCCUAUCUUUUUAUUAUGACAGUAUUGUCAUCAGUAUACAAAAAAUAAGGUUCAAGAUUAUAUCAGCAGGCUGUCCUGUUCAAGUAAUUUGGGAUUGGCUUAUAAAAUAACUGCCUGUUUCAGAUUCUCUGCACUCCACUGUGACAAAAUCCCUUUAUUCUCUCACUAGUGGUCUGAAUUACAAGGAAACAUGCGGUGCAGCUGAAGUGUUUAUCUUAAAGGUGCAACAUGCAGCAAGCUGCAGAAGUUUGAAACCAGAAUAAGAAUCUAUGGCCAAACAAUGAAAGUAUUUCCUCUAUUUGAGUUGAUUUCAUGAACCGUAGACAUCAAGUGUUGCAUCUUUAAACCUCUUAGUUGAAAGCUGACAUUACAGCUGUUUUGUUGUUGUUUUUUUUAAAUGAAGACGAGUCUUUUUCAGGUUUUCGGGUUUCAUAUAUGAACCAAAGUGUAACUUUUUUUAGGGCUUUACCCAGUGUACCUGCUGUUUAUGUUGCUAUCUCCGUAACCAAAGGCAAAAUGCUCAAAUGUAAGUUCUUUUAUUAACUUUUUAUUUAUCUAUGUGGUUGGUCUGAUCUUUUUCCACUAUACAGUCCAUUUGGAUACUAAUGCUAAAUAAUUGUUUCCUCAUAUCAUGAUUAGUUUUUAAUAUGCAGCAACUGACUUUGAACAGCAUAAAUUACAAAGUUGUGGGUGUUUUUUUUUUGUUUGUUUUUUUUCCAAGCUGUUUAUAAUUUAACAUUUGUGGAGGAGUACAACUAAGCAAUACAGCAGAGCCGUUUGUGUUUAGGGGACAAAAAUUGUGUGGGAUGAUUAAAGAACAAUGAUAGAGGAGCUUCAAGCAGACAAAUGAAAACGCUUUGGUUUAAACGGAAACUGUUUUAUUCAAAUGUUUGUGUAACACAUCUGUGGGUAUCAUUUUUGUCAUCACACAUUGUUAUCUAUUGUUUAUUAUGCCGACUAAUUUUUUUUGAAGAUUUUUUUUCCCCUCAAAAUUGAAGAGAAUAAGAAGUUAAUAAAAUAUAAUCAAAAAUU